CGCACGCUGCGCCCUCGAUCUCCCUUCCUCUCCUCUUUGCUUCCUCGCUGUGCUCUUUCUCUCUAUUCCUCCCUUUAUCGUUCGUCUCUCGCUCGCUCGCUCGCUCGCUCUCUCUUAUCCGCCGCUCUCGAUCCCCCCGGUGUUUGUUGUGCCGCCGGAUUCAGUGGAUGGACUCUCGUGCUUCGAGGCAGACGUUUGUUUCUCGUCGAUAUGGAAGAGUGCGAACCGGUUGCUUGAAUCCGCCGAGGACAGCCUGACCGAAGAAUCUCCCGUUUGCGGACCGAUCUGGUCGAUCAUCCGGAACGAGCACGAUGACAAUGGAAGAUCGCACGGGUGGCAUCGACCGUGCCGCCCCCGCGACCUCCACGGCGGCAACCACGGCGCUCACGUCGUCCAGCCCGUCGUCGAUCGGCGACGUCACCUCGGACGCCUCGUAUCCUCUGCAACGGGCCAGCAAACGGUCGUUCGACGUCGCGUUCCUGGUCGCGCCCGACGAGAACUUGGCGCGACGGCAGAGCGAGAAGCUGAGGAUGGUCUCGGCCAGGCGGGACCGGCUGCGAGAGGAGAUCCCGCCGGAGAGCGUCGCGGACGCGGACCGACUGCCCCAGAACUUGACCAUCAAAAGCUACGAGAGCGACACCGGCGGUUCGGAUAGGAGAAGAGCGAUUCACUGCACGGAGAACUCGCUGAGCCCUCCGUACAUCUCGCCCAGGACCUUGACGCCGACUCUCCCGGGCCUCUCUCCGGACAACGACGCUCGCAGAUACGUCUCCGGCUCCCGGCUCCAGAAGACGCCCAGCCCGCCGUCGUUCGCGGCUCACCAGGCCAUCCUGGCCAACUGUCCGGAGUCGAUGGAGCCGGGGCUGACCUGCAACAAGGUCUACGACACGGUGAUACCGUGCCCCAGCGAGCGCCACGGCGAGUCUCGCAGCGCGUUCACCAAGGUGAACCUCGCCGCCCAGAGGAACGGCUUCAACGACGACGGACAGACUUCGCCGAGAUCCUCGAUCUCUCCGGACGACAGAGCCAGCUACCAGAGCAGCGUCAGUCCGCCGGUCGUCCCCCUGACCGCCGUCAGCGGGUACAAGUACGCGCAGUUCCCCGCCAAGAUGGCCUAUCCGUUCCUGGUCAGCCCGGAGGGCGCCCAGCCGGGCCUGCUCGAGAACCUCAAGAUCCCGCAGAUCGCCCAGCCGCCCAAGGUGCCCAGCCCGAAGAUGCCCAGCUUCCGGCCGGACAUCCCGCCGGUCUACCCGAACCUCUCGUACAACCCGAUCUCCGUUUUCCCGCCGAUGGCCGACGCGCUGACCAGGCCGAGAUUCCUGGCGACGGCCGCGGGGGUCGCGGGCCUGCUGCCACCGUCGUUCGCCGCGCUCACCUUGCCGGCCCAGAACGUAUGCGCCAAGUGCAACCUCUCGUUCCGGAUGACCUCCGACCUGGUCUACCACAUGCGCUCGCAUCACAAGAACGAGAACUCCGCGGAGGCGGCCAGACGGCGCCGCGAGGAGAAGCUCAGGUGCCCGGUAUGCGACGAGAGCUUCAGGGAGAGACACCACCUGACCAGGCACAUGACCGCGCACCAGGACAAGGAGAGCGACGCGAUCGUCGAUCAGGUAGAGGUCAAGAGGCGGGCCACCACCGUGCACAGCAAGUGACGAAA